AUGAUAAUCAAAACAUGUCUACAUGAUAUUAUAUACUACGGAAAAGGCUUUACAAUUUCCGGGUUCUUCAUCCUUUUUUACCCAGCUUCACACCUUUGGAUGCCACUCCAAACGCAUGUGGUUCGAAUCCUGCCUCUCCCAAGUAUACUUCGUAUUUUUCAAAUAGAGGCUGGGACCCAAGCCCCAAAAACCACAAUAUCUCUGGGGGCACGUAGUGCUUGUCGGAUUCUUUUUCCGUUUUUUGCAUCGAGUCGAUGUUCGCUUUCGAUUUCUUUUUGACCGAUUGUUCCCAAUUAAGCUGC